UGAAUUUUCACCGGACAACGGGCGACGACAACAAGCUCCUGUGUCCGUCGUAAAGCGAGUGCGUGCGAGUGUGUGUGCUCAUCACUGCCAAAUUUUGUGGGAAAAUUUCGUUUUGUGUGUUCGUCGUGGCAUGCUUUGUGAAGUAUAUUUGGGGACCUUUUUGGAGUGAAGACAUUGGAGGGUGUGGUGGACGAUUGCCUUCCACGUGGUUUGGCCAGGUGGGUCGCUGAAGAGACCGUUUCAAAACCGGAACUAGUCGUGAUUAGUGGGCCAAGGAGUGCAACAGCAAGUGCGAUUCUGACUGAAUAUUACGCAAGGAUAUCGUUAUCUCGGAAGUUGGUGGCAGGAAGAUAUUAAAAUGAAUCUUCUGCUACUGAUAGCCACGACGCUGCUGGCAGUCUGUCGAGCUGACAUUCCGUUGCUGGAACUCGGACUAGACCCGGAUGCGCAGCAGUUCCAAAACGUAGUCGAAGCGAGUGAAUCUGAGAAUGUGUUUGCUGGAUAUUCCAAGGAAAAACCGAUCGUGCCCUUCCCGGAAGCUUCGAACCAAUGUGAAGGUGGCCCGGAUGUCUGCGGAUACACCUACGAUAAACCAGCCUGCCCUUGGGAAGUAAAAACUGAAUACAUUACGAGCACUGCAACGCGGGUGCAGACCGAAACCGAAACCAAGAUCCAGACGCAAACCGUAACGCAGACCAUACCGACGACUGUCACCGAGACGUCAACCAGCGUUACGCGAUUCUGUGGGACAACCAACACGUACCUGCCUCCGGUGGAGGAAGUCACCACCACGGUUCGUCCGAAUGCUGUGACCAAAACCACAACGCUUCCACCAACUACAACCACGAUCACCUCUCGAGGACCUCCGAGUACCACUGUCCGCACGAUCACUCCUACCACAACCGUUGUAAUCAGUCAAACUCCUUUCGUUACGAAUACUCGCACGAUCACCCCGACUGUUACAAGCAUCUUCACCGCUAGCAGUACCUCGAUCACCCGAACCAUCACCCCAACCUCGACAUAUCUGAGCUACCUCGCGUCCGUUUCCAUUACCAGAACCAUAACUCCCACCUACACCGAUCUUGUCUACCUUGACUCCGUUACUGUAACGCGAACAGUAACACCCACUUCAACCAACAUCCAGUACCUACCAUCGGUGACCGUCAACCGAACCGUAACACCAACCUCAACCAGCUUGUUCUAUCUGCCGUCAGUCACAGUCAACCGAACCGUAACCCCGACCAGCACCAACAUCUUCUACGAGCAGGCAGCUACCGUAAACCGAACUGUAACGCCCACCUCCACUAACGUUUUCUACGAUGCUUCAGUAACCGUGAACCGCACCGUUACGCCAACGUCCACUCGACUCACCUACCUGGACUCGGUAACGAUAGACAGGACAGUAACCCCCACCUCAACCCGACUGAUCACCCUGGACUCGACCAACACCCAAACCCGAACGAUCACCCCAACCUUCGUGGUGCAAGAAACGGCUGACACGCGAACCGUUACUAGGACCAUCACCCCUUCGUUUGUCGUUCAAACGUCGGUCCCCACGAGCACCAUCACGCGCACCCUGACGCCAUCGAGUGUCCUGACCACAACGGCCGCCACCACCAACACCAUAACCCGCACCGUAACGCCACAAGCCACCAGCACCACCACCAUCAAAGCUCCCGUGCAAACCGUAACGGUCCGCGAUAAGACCACCGUAACGGUCGUGCCCACCGUGACGUCCACUCCGACGUUGACUCAAACUGUGUGCAAACCGGCCAACACGUACCUGCCGGAUGCGGACGCACCCGUAACGCGCACCCGCACCGAAACCGUUACCCAAAUCCUCACCGAAACGGUCAUCCAGUGUACGCCGACCAACGCGUACCUUCCGGUGCAACAAACUGCCGCCAGCUACAAACGAUCGCCACAACUUCAACGAGAUAUUCUACCCCCAGAAGACGACAACCGAAUCAAUCUUCUGCUGUAAUAACGAGUCCCUAUAGUCCCCACGUAUGAACAGGAAAUACUCAUCUGAAGAGACGAGUAACGAUGCUCUUCUCCGAUUCGGGCGAAGUUUGCCGCCAUUUUAACCCUUUUGAUCAAGUCGUCAAAAUUACCAAAAAAAACCUAUAUCAACCUCCCGAGCCAACUUCACCCACCUCCUCCGUUCUUUCUUCGGUUGUUCACUAGAAUAAUAAUACUCAAAACGUCGUCGUCGUCCCACAUGGUUGAUACAAAGUUCAAUGCUGUGUUAGCAAUAGUAUUUUAAAACGAAA